AUGGACCCUGAUGAGGAGGAGGAAAACGCAGAGCCUCCGCCACCGCCUCCCCCACCUGAAGUAUCAAUUUGAAAACCGGCUCGGUACUGCAUUAUAUCGCGUCCCGAUCAGGGCACAGAGGGCUCUUUGCCAUGCGGGAUUAUGCAGAUGGUAGAUUAAGAUUUUGAAAUGCAUGAAGUGAUAGUUGUGAUGUUCUAUGUAUCGGUAUAGCAAAAUAAAUACAACUUACCAUGUGGAACUAGGCCCUGCUUAUCGUACUAUCCCUGACCGGGAAGAUCGUACUCCUGCCGAGUCAUUUUCAUCUCGAUACUCGUGGGAAACGCGCGAUGUGCGCGAUUUCAAUUCGAAGUGGGCAACGGAGCAGAUUCGCGCGCUCGACCUCGAGUAUGAGAAGGAAUGGGACGCGAAGCAGUUUCUUCCCGCGCCGCACAACACCGUGAUCAAAGUCCCCUUUGAGACGGUGGAGUUACGGUUUCUCAAGCGCAGCGGCGGCGUGUACCACUGCGUUAAAUCGAAGGAGAUCAAACACCACUGGGAACUCAGCUGGCUGCCGCCCAAAAAGAGCAACAACCCCAAGGAUGACGACCAGUGGUCCCCGAAGCGCAAAAAGGUAAUCGACCACACGGAAUACGACAUUGUACGCUUGUGCUUUGGCAUGGCGGUGUCGAACCUGCAGCAGUUCCCGGCGGACGAAGUCGCGGGCGACGCUUGCACUUUGAGCAUCGUGAAACCCUCGAUGAGGAGGUUGACCUUGUGCAUCCCGCAGACCAGCGAAACCUGCAAGAAGCUCGAAUCCUACCUGCGAAAGAUUUUGAUGACGUAG